AUGGCAGACGAAAGCGGUUAUGCUUGGAUUAUUAAAACUGAUCCGGAUGGAGCGACAUAUUUUAUCGAUGCGAUCGAUCCUAGCAACUCGAAUUGGAUGCGAUAUGUUAAUUGUCCAAACACUGUUAGUCAAAAAAAUCUUCUUGCGGUCACACGUAAGAUCACACUCGUAUAUAAUUUUCGAUUGAACUGCUUAUAUACCUCCAGAAGAAAGUAGUUGCAGCCGAUGUUUCAAAUAUAAUGUCAAUGUAAAAGCACAAUCUUUAAAAACUUGUUGUACAUAGUGAAAGUGCGUGAGGUUUUCUAUCACGCUGUAUAUUUAUGUUUAGUUUGCACUUUUGCGUUACCAAAAUGACUUGGAUGGAAUGAAGGUACCCUCAUGUUUGGAAUCUCACAGAUGUGAUUUUAUCACUAUUGCCAAAAUUAGUUUAUAAAAAUUUGUUCAUCCCUAUAGAAUGAUCUUCUUCUUCGAAAGGUAAUUACAUAUUCUGAUAGAGGUUCAAAUUCUCUAUCCUUAUAUAUUAUUUACUUAUUGUCUUGUGUUUACUUCCUAUUAUUGGUAGACCGGUAUUUACCGGUUUCUAUGGGCAGAGGCCGCUUGGAAGACCUACGAUUUGCGGGUGGGUGAGGAAUUUUUUUGGGAGAAGGGAGGAGAUACACCCCUCACUUCCACGGUCCCUGACGACUGGUAUAGACCGGUUCCAUCUCUAAUAUAGAGGAUGAUCGAGAACUCUACGCACUUUCAGAAUAUGUAAUUAGUUUUAAACAAUGUAUUUUCACCGUGAUAUCAUAUUUGAAAUAUCGAUUGUAACUGUUUUUUCCGGCAAUAUAUUUUGCUCUGUUUAUAGAUUUUGGCAACAUUUUCUAUCUAACAACGCGAAAUAUCGAUGCAGGAGAGGAACUUCUAGUCUACUAUGGGAAUGAUUACGCUAAAGACCUUGGUAUUAAUACUACACAGUUCUCUUAAAUCCUCUAUGGGACCUUGAUUGAAUUGAACAACGUCACGAAAAUUUAUAUUCACGGCGAAGAAAAACGAUUAGGAUUCUAAGCUUUGUUUUUGUUUAAAAAAUAAAGUUGAAACCUUUUCUUGUGGCAUCUAAAAGUAGGGCACGAUUGUGGUUGUGUUGAUGCAAGAGUGUGCGUGUAAGUGGAUCUUCUAUUAACAUCUGCAUCAGACGUCUUGGCUCAGCUCUCCACUUAUGAAAUCUAUAGAAGGU